UUUUGUUUAUGGUUUUCCAUAGUUUUUUAGGCGACUUUUUAUGGGCAGUAAGUUCUUUUGCCUCGUGUUCCGCUUUAAGCCUUCUUAGAAGAUUAGUAAAAAAGUUGCGAUAUCUCGUGUAUACAAGUUUUUUAGUUUCGUCUUUCGGAGGCAUAUCGAUCUUACUUUAUCUGUUCAAAACGGGGCCUCUAAAAUCAUGGGUCGUAUGAUUCGCGCUCAGCGCAAAGGCGCUGGUUCCGUCUUCGUCUCCCGCACCAACAAGAGGAAAGGAGCUCCUAAACUCCGUUCCCUGGACUUUGCGGAACGUCACGGCUACAUCAAAGGAGUCGUAAAGGACAUUAUACACGAUCCUGGCCGUGGAGCACCGCUAGCUGUGGUGCACUUCCGAGAUCCUUACAGGUUGAAGACCCGUAAGGAAUUACUAAUCGCUCCUGAAGGGUUGUGUACUGGACAGUUUGUUUUCUACGGGAAGAAAGUUACGCUUCAAGUUGGGAAUGUGAAGCCAAUCGGAGCAAUGCCUGAGGGCAUGAUUAUCUGCAACUUGGAAGAGAAAUUGGGUGACAGAGGUAGGCUUGUUCGUGGUUCUGGUAAUUUUGCUACAGUUAUUGCUCAUAAUUCUGAUACAAUGAGAACCCGAGUCAAGUUGCCAUCCGGUGCUAAAAAAGUUUUGCCGUCUAGCAACAGAGGAAUGGUUGGGAUUGUUGCUGGUGGUGGACGUAUCGAUAAGCCUUUAAUGAAAGCUGGUCGGGCGUAUAACAAGUAUAAAAUGAAGCGUAACAGCUGGCCGCGCGUCCGCGGUGUUGCCAUGAACCCUGUGGAGCAUCCUCAUGGUGGCGGGAAUCAUCAGCAUAUUGGCAAGGCUUCGACGGUGAAGAGAGGAGCAUCAGCUGGUCGCAAGGUCGGCCUCAUUGCCGCCCGAAGGACUGGUAGGGUUCGUGGUGGAAAAACAAAUGCAACGAAAUCAGGAUAAGG